GCGCGUGGGUAUCAAGGAAGUGGAGGUGUGUGUGUGUGUCCAAUGACCAGAGGACGCGGCACAGCGGGGGUGGCAGCGGUAGGGGUGGUUGUGGUGGUAGUGAUGGUAGUGGUGUUGAUAGGUCUGCCAGCCAUCUUCGUUCAUCACCAAUAUUUUCCACAUUUUCCAUCCCCAGAGGAGUGUCGCGAGCCUACUGAGGAAGAGUGUCUGGAGGAAUCCUUACGUGGCUCCCCAGUAUGGAACGAUCCCAGACUCCUGCAGGUUGUAAGGGAGGAGUUCUUGACGCCACCCUCCGUCCCUGCGCCGCCCCUGCAGAAAAAUUCCCCACCCCUCACCCUCCCGGAGGCUAAGCUUGUUCAGGUUGUGAGGGAUAAGGUGGGCACCGUGGGGUUCCUGGUGGCAACGCAGGGAGUGUCCCGCGGGGUGGUAGCGACUCUGGGAGGAAGCACGGGGUUAUGGGUGGCACCACAUCCAGAAAAAGUCCACGCCCACCACCACAGCCACGCCCCCACCCACUUCUGGCACACACACGCCUGCCUGACAACCUCCAUCCCGUACAUGAACACAAAACAACAGCAGUGUUUCAGCCUCUCUUCUCUGCUCGCCGCUCUGGGCCACACUGGAGUUGUCGAUCUCUUCCUGGCAGGCACCCUUCCACCUGACGUCCUCCUGCAUUCCCUCGUCUCCGACCGUCCCGGUGUUAUCAAGGCGGUGGUGACUGAGGCCGGGGAGGAGCUGAAUGACAUGCUGCAGGAAUAUAACAUCGGAAUGCGUCACUCAGGAUAUGGCAUCGGGAACACCACCUUAUUUAUCUUUAGGACAUAACAAAUUUUUCCUUACUCUCUUAUAUCGUUCUAGAAACUUUAAUUCUAUUUUUACUACAGGUUGUUGUUAUUUUGCCGCUUGAAAAACAAUUAGUAAAGUAUUUUCAGUUCUUUCCAAGUGUG